AAAUACAUUGGCAAUUUCCCCAACAGGUUGCUCGUCGUUUGAUUGUAUUUUGCGUAUUACUUUUUUGUAUGCAUAUUUGUUGAGUUAGCACUCGGUGUGUUAGCAUAUUCUCAGUUUUAUAAUUACAAAAGUGGUCUACGUGAUUGUCUAUGUUCUAUUGACAUCUCCAUAUGGGCAAAAUGAUCAUUUGACCAUUCAACAAAGACAGUUUUAAGUGUUUUGAUCUGCUUCGAUGUAUUCAUUCCAGUGCUAAUUCUUGGCUCUUGUGCUAUGGCUGGGUUUUUGGAUGUAUAGUAUAACAAAGGUCAUCUUCAAUAUAUUUUAUACGCUGUUCGAUGUUCUCGCAGUGAAAAAAAAAAAAAAUUUUUUGGGGAAAUUAUUUGCAUGCGGAUGAGUAAUCACUGUUUGGUAGAAGUUGCACAAUCGCUUUGUUUGUAUUGAAAACUGGAUUAUUAUUCGGCGAAUAUAGUGCGGGGGAAAGUUUACAAUUGGUGCAGCUAAUUAAAAUUCAACGACCGUCAUCAUCAAAUUAUGUUGUUUACUCGGUCACAGUGAACAGAGUUCGGUGCUGCUGUUGCCAUAUAAACAUAAAAUUAUUGAAAAACGAAAAAUGAGCGCGGUCGUGAAGAGUAAUCUAGAUAAGAAAAAAAUGAAAACGAAAUCAGUAUUUGGCUAUUGCAAUAACAUUAUAUCGCGAAUUGUAUCGCCAAAUUCGAAAUCGAUGCUAAGAACCGACGCCGUUCCAAUGGAAAAUGGUUCACAACAUCUGGCUGAAUCGAAUAUUGAAAAUGCCAGCAACGAAAAUCAGCAAACGCUUCCCAUCGUUCCAUCCAUUGCAACACAGGUUGUGCCAACGUCACCCAUGCAACUGAUCUAUAACAGUAUGCAACAAGCCAAUCAAAAUGUAACCAUCGAAUCCCAGCAAAAUUUCAAUUUCAACAACAGCAAUGGCCUUCAUUUGUUCGGCAAUACAUAUCAUGUGGCUGGUUCCAGCUCCCGAAAAAUCAGCUACAAUGGAAGCUUCGAAGAUAAAGCGACUCCAAAAAAGACCAGAUCAUUAGUCGAGCUAAUGAACUGCAACGAUACGAUUGAGACGCCAACCAUGCGAAUUGCUGCACGAUCCAUCGGGGAUAAUUGGCGCAUGGUGUUUCGAGAUUUGGAGAUUUCCGAUGCUGAAAUCGCACAAAUCAAAGAACAAUACUUCCACAUAAGUGUCGAGGAAGUCAUUUACCAAUUGCUAUUGCGAUGGCAACGAAACAGUGACGACCCAUCGAUUGGCAGACUUUCAACGGUUUUAUGGAAAAACAAAAGUCACGAAUGUAUAAAUGAAUUGAAAAAAUAUUACAAAGAACUCAAAAAAACGCAAGCCGAAUCGUCUGAAAAAGAACCAGAAGAGAAAAAGUUCUUGUGAUAAAGAAGAUGAACAACAAACCAACGACACAGUGGAUUCCUUGAAUUAUUCAUUUGGGUUUUUGAACAUCAACAUCGAAACAUUCCCCCAAACAACACAGUAAAUCUGCUUCUAUUGCAUUUAUACGCAUUGUGAAUGACUAAUUGCAUGCAUUACAAUUUCAAUGCAUUACCAGUUGCUAUACUUACUUUAAUUAAUGAUCUUUAUGCAUACAAUAUUUGUAGCUGUAGAAUGUAUAGAUUAAUAAUAGAAUAGGAAAAAUUGAAAUGAAAUUAUUAAGAACGAAAUCAUGAUACAUACGUGUAAAAUAGAAAUACUGUUCAUUUCAACAGUACACAAGUAACUUCCAUCAUAAUCGGCGUUUUUAAUAUAAUAAUUAAUUAUUCUUAAUAUAAAAGAUACGGAAUGAUUUUUUUUUUCCAAACAAAAGCUAUGCACAUUUUUCGCUUUUUCGAAAAAAAAAAGAUGCGAUUGGGCUCUGGGUUGUGAAAUAAUUGUGAUUGGACAUUAUUCCCACGUUUAUCGCGUGCAAACAGAAAAUAAGACAUGAUUCAUUCCAAAUUCAAAGAUUCAUUCCGUUUUUUUUUUCAUGAAAAAAAGGCUAAGGUUUGUGAAUGUUGUGAUUAGAAAAUCUACUAAAUGUUGACUUUACAUCUGUAACAUAUUUUGUCGAAUCGCACAAGAUAUGUGAUAACAGAAAAGGGUCAUAAAUUCCUAAAUUAGUCAGCAUUUGAUAGUGUGUUUGCUUAGCAAAAAAACAGUAACAGAUAGGAAACACUGGAAUUUAUUAUUUUUAUCACCAAUAAUAUUGAAUUGGGUGUUCGCAACACGAGGUGUUCACAAAUUCCCCGAAUGUUACGAGAGUAAAGGGAGAAUUUGGGUGAACGAUUGAUUUUCUACUUCCGUAUUGUUCAACUUGAGAUAAACGAUGCCUGCGUUUUAUGAGGGCAUUUUCGAUCUCGAAGUGAAUGUUAUGAAAAAUAGCUUGCAAUUUUCUCAUAUCCAAUCUGUGUGUAAAUCACAGACCCCAAUUUUAAUGGAGUGAUGUAACUGUUUUUGAAUAAAGAGACUGGCCUUUAAGGAGUUACAAA